AUGGGCGGCGUGCCCUUCUCGGACUCUCAUAACUCGCCGGAUAGGAUAAUGCAGAAGGUUAUGAAUUUUAAAAGAUUCUUACACAUACCAUAUCCGGGUAAGAAGAUGUCUCCCGAGGCGGAGGACCUACUUAAGAGGAUCCUCUGUGAUAAGGACCAUAGACUCACCUACAAGCAGAUAAGGACCCAUCCGUUCUUCAACGGUUUGGAUUGGGAUAGACUCCAUGAGAUGGAACCACCCAUAAAGCCUCAUCCCUUCUCCCUCACCGACCGUGGAGCCUUUGACAAGUUCAGCGAAGUGCCCUUGCCCAGCUAUAAGCCUUCCGGACAAAAGAAGGACAAAAAUCUCGACUAUGUUGGGUAUACUUAUAAAAAGGGAGAUGAGCUGCCUGACGUUAUGGCUAUAAUAGAAGCCGCCCAGCAGCACAAGAAUAAGUAG